AUCACUGAAGAAUAUAACCGACAGCUGUAGCUGUAAAAUAUCUUGUUUUGGUAAUGGAUGCGAUUUCGGACGCGUUGGCCGUUGUGGCCUCCUGUUUUUCGUGUGGCCGCCGACAGAGUUUGACAAUCGAUGGCCACACAGUGGUAGUUCGUAAAAGACUGGCAACUGGAGGCUUUAGUGUCAUUGACCUAGUGGAGGAGGAGUCGACAGGGCGACUGCUAGCCCUUAAAAGAAUUGCCUGCCAUGGCUCUCAGGACGAGGCAGCAGCUUUGCGAGAGGUGGACGUGCACAAGCAGGUCCGUCAUCCAAACCUGAUCGAGUUGGUGGGCCACCGGUUGUUGACCCUCCGAGGGGCACAAUUGGGGCCCACAAGCGAGCUGCAACUCCUGCUGCCCUAUUACGAAAGAGGAUCCUUGGCCUAUGAACUGGAGAGGCGACAGCAAGGUGGCAACCACCUGAGCGAGAACCUCCUGCUGGCCCUCUUCAGACAAGUGGCCGAGGCGCUGAAGGCAAUGCACCAGGCUGGAAUUUCCCACAGAGACGUGAAACCUCACAAUGUGCUGCUGUCUGACGACUUCAGUGCCAUUCUCAUGGACCUUGGUUCGGCCACAACGGCUAAAGUUCAGGUGUGUGGAACAAACGACGCGUGCAGACUCCAAGACGAAGCAGCGGAAAAAAGUUCCAUGCCAUAUAGAGCCCCUGAACUGUUCAAUGUUGAUUCGUAUUGUACUAUUGACCAAAGGACUGAUGUUUGGUCUCUUGGUUGCCUGAUGUACGCAAUGGCGUUCUACAAGUCGCCGUUUGACGUGGUGUAUGAAAGAGGGGAUUCCGUGGCUCUUGCUGUUUUGAGCGGCAACAUUGAAAUUCCUGAAGGAUCGAACUACUCGCAAGGCCUACAUGACCUUAUGCUGUCGAUGCUGAGGGUUAACGCUUCAGAGAGACCAUUCAUUGACGAUAUUUUAAAGACCGUGGCGCAGCUCCAAACUGCAGCCCAAAACAAAGUGUGACUGUCCUUCCUCAGUGAUUUCAAAUAUAUUUCUAAUAUACAUAUUUCAGAUGAAGUUACGUCCAAAUUAAAUUGUAUUGUGCUAAUCUAAUUUGGAUUAGUUAAAUGAUUAUUUCAUAAAAUGAAA